UUGAUCGGAUCCUGUACUAACCAGUUCGUGUCAGCUAGUAUUUUCCGCUCCUUUGAUCAAGAGGGGGGAGGAGGCAGUGCUUCAUGUGUCAUACCCGGAUAAUCGGAAGCAGAAAUGGAUUUGAUAUGCGGUGGAGGCGCUUGUUACUAGUCCUGGGUGGCUAGAUCUCAUCUCAUGGUUCUGGUUUCAAGUGGAAAGUCCGUUACUCGUGGGAAACGAAUGACUCGCAUAGUUUUUCGUUGGAUGUUUUUGCUCAUCGCGUGGAUAGCCGUGGGCCCACAAUAGUUUCUGUAAAUCUUGAGGCCAGAUCAAUGGCUGACGGUGAGGAUAUCCAGCCACUUGUGUGUGACAAUGGCACUGGAAUGGUCAAGGCUGGCUUUGCUGGUGAUGAUGCGCCCAGAGCAGUGUUCCCUAGUAUAGUCGGCCGCCCUCGGCACACGGGUGUGAUGGUUGGAAUGGGCCAGAAGGACGCCUAUGUAGGUGACGAGGCACAGUCAAAAAGAGGUAUCUUGACCUUGAAGUACCCCAUUGAGCACGGUAUCGUGAACAACUGGGAUGAUAUGGAGAAAAUCUGGCACCACACCUUCUACAAUGAACUGCGUGUUGCUCCUGAAGAGCACCCAGUUCUGCUGACAGAAGCACCUCUGAACCCAAAGGCAAACAGAGAGAAGAUGACCCAAAUUAUGUUCGAGACAUUCAAUGCACCAGCAAUGUAUGUUGCUAUCCAAGCUGUCCUUUCCCUGUAUGCCAGCGGUCGCACUACAGGUAUUGUGCUCGAUUCUGGUGAUGGUGUGACCCACACCGUGCCAAUCUACGAGGGAUACGCGCUCCCUCAUGCCAUUCUUAGGCUGGAUCUUGCUGGCCGUGAUCUGACUGACUGCCUAAUGAAGAUCCUCACGGAAAGGGGUUAUUCCUUCACCACGACGGCAGAACGGGAAAUCGUGAGAGACAUAAAGGAGAAGCUGGCCUUUGUGGCCCUAGACUACGAGCAGGAGCUGGAGACCGCUAAGAGCAGCUCCUCCGUCGAGAAGAGCUACGAGCUGCCCGAUGGGCAGGUCAUCACGAUCGGCGCGGAGAGGUUCAGAUGCCCAGAGGUGCUUUUGCAGCCGUCGCUGAUCGGGAUGGAAGCUCCCGGCAUCCACGAGACCACCUACAACUCGAUCAUGAAAUGUGACGUUGAUAUCAGGAAGGACCUGUACGGGAACAUCGUCCUCAGUGGAGGGACGACCAUGUUCCCUGGCAUCGCUGACAGGAUGAGCAAGGAGAUUACUGCCCUCGCGCCGAGCAGCAUGAAGAUCAAGGUCGUGGCGCCUCCUGAGAGAAAAUACAGUGUUUGGAUUGGUGGCUCGAUCCUUGCGUCGCUCAGUACGUUCCAGCAGAUGUGGAUAUCCAAGGAUGAGUACGAUGAGUCUGGCCCUGCUAUCGUCCACCGAAAAUGCUUCUGAGCUAGCUAUCUGCCGCGCCUUUCAUAGCGUGUCAAGCUGUUGAGAUCUGCGUUGUUGAGUUGAGUGUCUCUAUGGAGUAUCACAUACUUUCUGCAUGAGGGGGGAAGAGUAUACCCAACUAAGCGCAUGCCUUUCGGAUGCCCUGCUUCGUGAUUCAGAUGCUGCUUUCUUUCAAGUGAUAUGUCGAUGUAGUGUGCGAGCAAUGUAUUUGGUUUGGCUACAGCUGUUCCUGUCGUCUGUGCGUAAAACAUUAGCUAUGUAUCUAUCCAUAUCUGCAUAUUUGAAUGUAUGGUCGUUUUCUCAUAUGGUGUCAAGUUAAAAUUCUUAUGUUCUCUUA